AUAAAUCUGUUUUUUUUUUAAUUUAUGGGUUCAUAAUCCACAGAGAAGAUGAACCAGCCAAUGAAAACACGAGACGAAAAAUCCAUUCACUUACACUACGAUAACGCGGCGUUUACUAAUACUUCUACAGCUGAUGCGGCAGCAAGUGACCAGGGAUACGUUUUACAAGAGUAUGACAAGAUUCAUCAAAGCUUCCAGGAACGAGUGACUUCAGCUGACCACAAUAAAGUCAGAAAUAACCUCAAUUCUGAUAUAAAUCAUGGUGAUAAUGAAUCUGAAAAUUCUGAUUUGGAGAUUUAUCAGAUAGAAAAAUAUUAUAAAAGUGACAAACCGGUAAAUGUGGUAGAAAGAAUUCGAAAGACCUCUGGGAUUUCACCAGCCAAUGACAAAGUGGAAAAAGUAAAUUACAACGUGAACCGAACCUCACUCAUGUCUUAUAUCAAGGAAAAACUAUUGUCCAAUAAGUCAAAUGCAGUGACUCGGGAUGAAAAGAAGGAAUCUGAAGUUAAGAUAGAAGGAAGAGAGACAUGGGGAAAGAAAAUCGACUUUCUUCUUUCUAUUAUAGGAUUUGCCGUUGACUUGGGAAAUGUCUGGAGAUUUCCGUACAUUUGCUACAAUAACGGCGGGGGAGCCUUUUUAGUGCCAUAUUUGUUGAUGUUGAUUUUCUUGGGACUGCCUCUAUUUUACAUGGAGUUAGCUCUGGGACAGUUUCAAAGGUGCGGUGCUAUCAGUGUGUGGAAGAGGAUUUGUCCAAUAUUUACUGGUGUGGGGUAUGGAAUUUGCCUGGUAGCCACAUUUGUAGCGUUUUAUUAUAACACUAUAAUAGCAUGGGGCAUGUUUUAUAUGUUUGCCUCCUUUCGGUCUGAGUUGCCAUGGGAAAAUUGCAAUAACACAUGGAAUACCGAAAAUUGUAUGUCCCUGUCAACGAAUUUCAACAGAAGUCUGAUAAACAAUCAUACCGUGACCGCCGCUGGUGAAUAUUAUUUCAAUGAAGUAUUAAAGGUACAGCAUUCGUACGGAAUAGAGGAUUUAGGAGAUCUCCGGUGGCAAUUGGUGCUAUCUCUGGCCGCUGUGUUUUUAAUUGUGUAUUUCAGUCUUUGGAAAGGAAUCAAGUCAUCAGGAAAGGCAGUAUGGGUGACAGCUACAGUGCCCUACAUUGUACUUAUAAUUCUUCUGGUUCGGGGUUGUAUGUUGCCCGGUUCCGUGGAGGGAAUCAAGUAUUAUAUCACACCUGUCUGGAACAAACUUCUGCACGAACAGGUGUGGAUCGAUGCCGCUUCCCAGAUCUUUUUCUCUCUAGGACCGGGGUUUGGUACGCUUCUAGCCUUGUCCAGCUACAAUAACUUCCACAAUAACUGUUAUUUUGACGCCAUAACAGUGAGUAUAAUUAACUGCAUGACGAGUUUUCUGGCCGGGUUCGUUGUUUUUGCUGUUCUGGGUUAUAUGGCACAAGCUCAGGGUGUUUCUAUUGAGAAUCUUCCAACCAGUGGCCCAGGUCUUGUGUUUGUGGUUUACCCAGAGGUCAUUGCAACUCUGACUGGAUCGGUGUUUUGGUCUGUUAUCUUCUUUCUUAUGCUUAUCACUCUUGGUUUAGACAGCACUUAUGGGGGAUUGGAGGCCAUUAUUACUGGAAUUUGUGACGAAUAUCCAAACAUCAAACGCCAUAGGGAAUUGUUUGUCCUUGCUUUGAUAUUGUUGUGCUUUUUAGGAGCACUGCCAACUGUUACAGAUGGUGGCCAGUAUGUCAUUAAUUUGUUGGACAACCAUGCUGCUCCAAUUUCUUUGCUUUUUAUUUGUUUCAUAGAGGCCAUAGCUGUCAAUUGGUUUUAUGGCUGUCAAAAAUUUUCUAAUGACGUCGAAAGUAUGCUUGGUCAUCAGCCAGGCAUCUUUUGGAAAGUGUGUUGGAUUGGAAUCUGUCCUGUCUGUCUAUUGAUACUGUUUGUUUUGUCCUGUUGGAAAUACGAGGGAAUGAAAUUAAUGGGUUAUGUGUACCCACCAUGGGCUGAAGCCUUAGGUUGGUGCAUCACCGCUUCUUCCAUCACCUGCAUCCCUAUUUAUGGAGUUUACAAAUUCAUUACUAAACGCGGAACCCUGAAACAGAAAAUUCUUCGACUCAUUAGGCCGUCUGCGAUAGCUGAUCACCUAGUCCUGGUUGGGAGGACUUGUAACAAAGACACAUACGCUGUUGCAGUAGACACAAGAAAUCUGUCUAACUCAGCCACAGUAGAGAGCGCAAUUUCUUUGAAAAGUUCAUAUAAAGUUAAUGGUGACAGUCAUAAUUUUUAAAUAAUAUGAAAACAGUUAAAAAGAGUAUAGAGAGAGAGAGAGAGAAAGAGAGGAUAUCUAUAUUGUGUGUUUUGAUAUUUGCUUUAUCCAACGAUUUGAAUGGUGUAUAUUCGCGAGGCUUGCCGAGCGAA